GAGACUGGCUCAUAGAGCUGGCUUGGCUUCACCCACAUAGCUUCAAUUUGCGAAUGAAACAGAUGGUGGUUUAUGCUACCUGUAAUCUUUCUGCGAUAAAUACGACUCGCUAUAGAUUCGAUUUAUUUAAUACCAUGUUCGUCAUAUUCACGACCUGAUACUACCCCAACACAAUCUAUUGGAUCAACUAGGUCAUUUUGUGUGACGUCUGACCUAUAGGCCUGGAAUGGAGCCCCCUGCAGUGGAGGACGACAUCUACAUCCUAAAACAUGAGACGGCAUAUGUGGCAGCCGAGAGCCCAGUGUCGGUGUGUGCUGGGGACGAGUCAGUGGCCUCACACUUCGCCCUGGUCACUGCCUACGAGGACAUCAAGAAACGCUUAAGAGACACAGAGCGAGAAAACACUUUACUGAGGAAGAGGGUCAAACAGCUGGAGGACAAGCCAUUCAGACCAGAAGCGCCCCCCUCAGAAGGACCCCAGUAUGUGAACAAGGCAUUCAGUGCCUACCGAGGUAUCUACAUGGAGAAUAAGGAGCUACAGGCGGAGCUGAAAAAACUGAAAAGGGAGAGAAGUGAAUUGGAGAAGCUGCUGCUUGAUCAGUUGCAGGCCAAAGAGUUGGAGCUGCUGGAGUUGAAGACGGAGAUCGAAACAAGCCAAGUGAUGAAGAGUCUGAAUAGCAGCCAGGACCUGUGGCAAAUGGGCCGAGUGAACAAUGGCCUGAAGAUGCACACACUCCAAGAAGAGCUGGAGAGAGUACAACAGGAGAACAUCCAGCUGCAAGAACACUGCGGGGAUCCUGUUGGACAAACGAAACCAGACUGUGAACAGAACCAUAACCCUGAAUCCAAGAACUGGGAGAAGACCAUGCUGCAGUCCUAUGAGAGCCUGUGCUUUGAGGUCUCCCAUCUCCACUCAGCGCUGAAGAUGCAGACAGACCUUGUGAAGAGGCUUAAAGACUCUUUGCUUGUUGCAAGCAAGCCAGCGGCAUCAAUGGUUCCAGUCCAGUGUCUGGAUGAUGUCGAAAAGAACAACUGGACAGUGCGGGUGUCAGUCCCUCGCCCCCCCAGUGCCCCUCCAGUGCCCUCGAGCUCUGGCCGUCCCGGCCCUCCAAUGGGCCACCCAGCGCUGGAUGGCCUGAGGGAGGACUGCUGGGGGCAGGGCCCCUGGUCCAGCCACUGUCCUGUGGCCCCGGGUAGCCCAGUGCUUCUGCCCCCCCCCCCUCAGAACCAGGCUUCUUUGGAUGACAGUUCCUGGUCCUUUCCCAGCCCCCCCAAGCCCAGUGACACUGUUUUCUGGGAGGGUCAAAAUAGCCCUCCCCACUCCUCCACAUCCAAGAGAAGCAGCCCCAAAAGCCCGCCAUACUGACCUAACCACUCCCUGCACCCCCUGCCUGCCGCAUACCACCUGACCUGCCUUAGUACCACUUCUCCAGACUUCUUAUCCAUGAGAACACAGGGCCUGGGGGAUCCCUGUCUACCACUGAAGGAUCCUAAUAAUGAGGGAAAGUCCUUUGUAGGAGAGGAAAUUUCAUUCAUGGGACGAAGAAAAAAGACUUCCAACCGCCACGUCUAUGUUUGUAAGGGCGUGUGCAUCUUUAUUUGUCUAUUGGGGUUUAAACCCUUUUAGUCAUUCACUGUGGGAACUCAUUGAUCCACAGUCAGAAGCACUCUAGGUUUUAAUUGUAGCCCUCUGAUGUAAGUCUCUCUUUACAUGUUACUGUUGUAAAGUGUAUAGUCACAUGGUUAUUCCAUAAUAAUGUGAAGACUGUUUAGGUAUAAAGAUGCUGUGUUUGUGCCUGUGCUAUGAUGCUUACAGACAUGUAAAGGUAUAUACUUUACCAUAAGUAGCACCAAAAAGGCUCAAGUCCGUCAGUCACAUACACAGUACAAUCUUUGGUUUAGUACCCCAUACCCAGUCUGAUGACUUCACAGCGCUUUCUGAUGUUUUUCAAACAGAGAACUGAUCUUUAUGGAUUUUUCUUUGUAGUUGUUCAAAUGGAAAAUGUGCUUUGUAAAAGUCCUUGGGUGAACAAAUUAUGGCUUGAGGUGUUGGUCUUUUUUUCUUUUCUUUCAGGAAUACACAGCACUGCUCAGUGUGUGUUAGGGGCCACACAUAAACUGGUAAAAAAUAUUUGUCUUCUAAGAAGGUAAACAGUGUCUUAUUGCUGUAUUCCAACACAUGACAAAGUAAACCUGGACUCACUGUUUAAAUUAAAUUACCUCAAGAUUGAGGUUGGUGGACUUGUUUGACAGAUGUUCACAAUGUU